AAAACAAGGCAAAUAAGGCAAAGCAAGUGAUAAAGCAUACAUCGGGAUCAAAAAGUUAUGCUCAAAUUCGAUAUGAACAGGCACAAAAGAAAGAGGAUCGAAGUGAGCCCAAUAGAAUUGAGAUGUUUGCCCUAACACACACAAGAAAAAAUGGGACUCUUGUUGAUGAUCAUUCUAAGGAGAUUAUGGAUCAAUUUCAACAAUUACUAUCCCAACCUAAGGGGACAUCUUCUACUUCUGCAUCAUCUGGAGCAUCUACAUCUGUAUCAUCUACAUCUGUAGCAUCUACAUAUGUAGAUGAGAUAUAUACUCAAGUCAUGGGUCUAGAGAGGCAUGGUCGUGUUCGAGGGUAUGGAUUUGGUCCUACUCCUACCUCAAUCUUUGGUUCUACUAGUAGAAGGCGAUUAGGAGUUAUUCUUUCAACAGAAAUUGAAAACACCCAAGAGAUACUAAUAGCUACAGAACAAAAGUUUACAACUGCAAUUGAAGAACUCUCAAAUGUGAAAGAAACAUUUGAAGAGAGGUUGAUAGAAGUUCAAAGGAAGACAUGAGAAGAAAUGAAAGAAGAGUUUGAAGAAAAAAUGAUGGAAAUGCAAAGAAAAAUGCAAGCACAAAUGCAAGCACAAAUUCAAGAACAGAUGAUGCAAACGAUGCAACAAUUUCAGCAAAAGCAAUAGAAUUUGAAGAUUUUGCUAUAUCUUUAUAUGAUAGAUUUUCUUAACCUUUUUGAAGAUUAUGCUACUUAUUUAUAUGAUAGAUUCUCCUAACUUUUUUUGCUUUCUAUGACUAUUAUGUGAUGUUUGGUUGGUUGAUUUGUUA